GAUAAAUCCAUUUAAAAUCCUGCUUUAUUUUGACAGAUUGAAAGGAGGAGUAAAUGAAAAACAAAAACAUUGCAAAAUUUUAAAAAUGUAAUAUUGAUAUAUUAUUGUGUUCAUUUUAUACGAACUUUAAAAUUUAGGGGCUGUUAAGGGGUCUACGUAAGUUUAAGAUAAUUUAGUUAAGUAUGUUAUGAAAUGUUGGAUAAUUUUAAAGAAAUUGGGAUACCCAAAAAAUAUUUAAGAAAAACCAAUAAAGAAGAUAGAUUUUCUGCUGUUGUUAGUAAAUUAUGGAUUAAACAUCUAAUCAAGCACUCGAAGCUAACGGAAUUUAUAGAAAAACCAAAUUUCCAAGCAUGGCCUGUAACAGAAGAAGAUGUAGGUCCAUCAUGGAUAAAAGUAUUGAUCUCAUGUCUGCCAAAAAGGGAGUGCAAAGUGUUUCCCCUCCCAAAGGUUCGCUCAUCAAAAGAUGACGCCCCUUUUCUCUUUUCCCAAUUAAUGCAAUACAUAAGCCAAACCAAUUACAAUAAUCUCUGGAAGAAAGCUCAUAAGAAAUACAUGUCAACAGAUUCACACAGAGAAACUAAGAUCACCUUAACAGAUUACAAUUUAGUGCUGAGAGAAAUAAUUACUAGAAUAUAUGGGUGUCCUAUUAUUAACUCGUAUGAUGAAAGCCUAAAUGUUGGCCAGUCUGCUCAAUUCGAUGUGCAUCUGAAUAUUUAUCCAGCAGUGUGUGCUGUUGAAACCCCAAAAGCAAUCUUCUUAUUCCACCUACCUUACAUGGAAUACAAUAUUAGUGACUGUCUUACAUUUUCACCUGCAAUAUUAGAAAAAAGCCAUACAAAAUCACUAUUUAUCAUAUAUCAAAUACUUAAUGUUUUAAAAUCUCUACACGAAAGAAGCUUAACUCUUGGAGAAAUUACUUUGAAAGAUAUAUUCAUAAGUGAGGAUAUGUGGGUAUAUGUUUUUCCUCAGGUUACCUCAAAUUUUUUUACUAGUGAUUCUUCAACAAUCAAGUCGAAUUAUGAAUGUACCAAUGCUCCUAUCAGUAAUGACUACCAGUAUUUCAGUUCUCACUUGUAUGAUAAAGUUCAGUUAAAAAAUGAAAGCCUGGGUGAACUGUGUCAAUUGUGGAUUAAUGGAUGGAUUUCAAAUUUUACUUACAUAUCAGCAUUAAACAAACUUUCAGGGAGAGUGAUAGGAGAUCCCAACUGUCACUAUGUAUUUCCGUGGGUAACUGAUUUUUCAUCAACUUGUGGCAAAAACUGGAGAGAUCUCAAAAAGUCCAAAUACAGGUUAAAUAAAGGCGACCACCAGCUUGAUCUUACUUAUGACAAUAGCCAAUCUCAAAUUCCUCAUCAUGUUUCUGACGUCCUUUCCCCUAUUACUUACUAUGUUUAUAUGGCGAGAACAACACCCAAAUCUGUACUGUGUAAGAAUGUUAGAACCAUUUGGGUACCAGCAGAGUAUCCAAGCUCUAUCCAAAGAAUACAGGAAUGGACACCUGACGAGUGUAUUCCUGAGUUUUAUACUGAUCCCAGUGUCUUUAGAAGUAUUCAUGAUGACUUGGACGACUUAGCUGUACCGUCUUGGGCUUCUGAUCCAGAAGAAUUUAUAGAAAUCCAUAGAAAGGCAUUGGAAAGUCCUAAUGUUUCUGAAAAAUUGCACUACUGGAUUGAUCUAACAUUUGGUUAUAAACUAAGUGGUCAUCCAGCAGUUCGGGCUAGAAACGUUUGUCUGAAUUUGGCUGACGAUCAUGAAAAUUUGACGAAAUCAGGAUUGGUUCAGUUGUUUACGCAUCCUCACCCUCUUAAAGCCGUCGAUUCACCGUAUUUCGGAAAAACACCACCAAAGAUAUUUAUCGGAAAGUUAGUUAAACCGAGAUCCAGAGGGCGCAGCAAUUCAUCCAUCCAGGAGCCUAUUACCAGCGAUGAAGAAAGAUUUUCAUAUGAGCUCCCAAGCAGAAUACUCUCACGUAGCCGUUCCUCAUUGUAUGAAGAACCUCCUAGAUCUACCAGAAGUUCCAGUACACAACGGUGUGAAAUUAAUAAUGCUAAUAGAGUAUCGGAACAGGCUCAAGGAGCCAUUUCUGACGUAAUUUAUUUACCAAAGGAUUAUAAACCAGAAUUCUUGUUGGAUUCUCUUGAAAAGAGGGACCAUUUUUUUUCUAAAACGUUCUGUCGCAAUUAUACUGAUAACAUUCCAAAUGUUAAACCAGAUGCUCAAUAUGCGCUCGUUCAAAACGCUUUUACCAAUAUGAUUUUUAGUGAAAAUUUGGAUGACAGAAGUAGACAGAGAUCUCCGAAACUUUUACAACCAUACCAAAAACUCAACCAAAGUGAUUGUAUCGUUACCUGCAAUUAUAUAGAUAUUAUUUCCUCUAGACGAAUUAAGGAACUAAAAGUAUUAGGCUGUCUUAUUUUAGAAGUAUUUAUGGCUAAACAGUUGCGUCCAGUGGGUUCUAUAGGUUCCAACAUUAAUUUAGAUAAUCGCCUAGCGUACUGUCUGUCGAUAUUUAGUAGAUGUGAUAUACCCCCUUGUAUUUCGUACAUUGUCAAUUUGCUGUUACAACCUGAAAAAGAAGAAUACUCAGCUGUAACUGAUAUGGGGCUACCUCCGCCCAGUGCGUCUCUACUUUUAGAACCGCUCAUGCAUUGCACAGUUCCAUUCUCCAAGCAUUUUCCAUACCUAUACGAACUUCUCCGAAACCUUAAAGAAUUUAAAAGCGUCGCUAUAGAACUCAAUAUCUUGUACCAUUUCGACUGCGACGGUCAUAUGUGUUCUGAAUAUGAAAAUAUAGAGAAAACCAAAAUACUUUUUGCUCAAAAUAUAGCAGAAUGUAAAGUAAAGAUGUGCGCCAAACAACUAGAUCUACUAUUAGAUGAAAUAGAUACCAACACUGAUAAUGAAAUUGUUAAUAUUAUAUUACCACAUAUAAAAGAACUUAUCGAAGAUCCCCCUACGUCUGUUUUGGCUGCUUGGUAUCUCUUUGAACCUAUCUCAAGAGUUUUAGGCCCACAAAAAACAUCAAAAUAUCUGUUGGAACCGAUUUUAAAGCUAUACGAAAACGAAUGUGUCGAUACACAUUUACCAUAUAUAAAGAAGAUUGCUAAACUAUAUCACCACAGUUUCUUGUUGUGUUUGAUGGUAAGAUUGGGAUUAAAAACAUUCUUAGAAAAUUUUGUGGUUCCAUUAGUAGAAGCAGUGGGAGGUUAUAAAGAUUAUGAUCUAGUGGAGUUUGUUCUACACAACCACAUUGAAAAGAUCGUUAAAAGAGGUUCUCACUUAAAAACCAUAGAGUCCGAGCAGAUGGAUAUCAGCGGGAGCGAUGAUUCUGGUUCUAAUGAUAAACAUAGCAAAGGAUUGACAGAAAGUUUUAUAGUUAAUGAAGAAAUAUUUGAAAUCGAAGAGGAGAAGAAUGACGAGGAUCAGAUGAAAUUUCUAAUGGAACAUCUUCAGUUGAAUGUUUCGUCAGAAUUACCGUUUAAUCAUUCAUCUGCCGAAGAAGCCGUAGAGAGUACGGAAGAUAACGUGAAUUUAGUACUUCACCUUGAGGAUGAAAUAAAUGAUUCUCCAGAAGCUUUAAAAUCUCCCACAAUUCCAAUACCUCAAAGUCAGCACAAUCAUGUCAACAAUAUUACUUGUGAAGUAGGUAGUAAAAAAAGCGAAAAUGAGUUCACGGAACAGUCAGUGACACCCAAUUUCCAGAAAUUCGAAUCUCAGAAAAAUAAAAGUAGUACGAAAAUAUCAGAUAUGAGCGCAGAUAGUUUGGUAUGGCUUUCUCAUCGAUUGGGACCAUUGCUGACUGCGAAGUAUCUAUCCAGAAAUCUGUUGAAGAUGCUUGCGCUUUGCUACAUUGGUAAAGACAACAUAUCCCCCUUUGUACCUGAAAAUGUUUGUAACUUUAAGGAUAUUUCUAUAACUUCUCAUUAUGUUAAGGGUGAUCAGCCGACUGUUAAAGUUCUUGAAUGUUUAACCAAUAUUUCAGGACUCUAUGGAGAACAAAUAAUAAUAUUUCAAUACAUUCCAUAUAUGACUGAGUUAGUUCUAUUAUGUAAAAAACGAAUUACUGUGAAUUUGGAAGGAGGAUUAAUAUCAUGUGUGACUUUGCUAAAAAAUAUUAUUCCUUAUAUCACUGACAGUAUGUUGAUGAAUCAACUGCAAGACGUAAUAUUGAAAAGCAUAAUCAAUCCUAUCAUAAGAUUACUUAAUUCCACAAAUCACGUGUUUCCUAGUGGGAGUACGGCAAGAAAUACUUUGGCUAGAAAGUAUUUAGACGUCAUUUAUAUACUGGCGAUAAGAAUAGGGGUCGAUAUGACAAAGAAAUACUUGUUAGUACCUUCAUUACAGAGAUUCUUUCUAAUAUUUGAUAAGGUAUUUACCAAUUCUAGCGAAGAAGGCAAGGUAUCUUCUACAGUGGCAGAUCAAGAAUCAGUCGUAGAAGACACAAAUAUCGAAGAUGACACUAAAAAUAAAUUACAAACGAAUACGUUAGAAUCUCACGAGAAUAUGCAACUUCCUGAAGAAAGUGUGGAAAACAAAGCUUUAAUCGAACUACAAGAAGUAUUUACUAGAGAAUUGGCUCAUACGGCCUACCUUCCGUUCGUCCGAUUGUUGGGUUUGAGUUGUUUACAGACGGCUCUAAAUAAUUACGAUAAAAUCUGCAAACUUUGUCAGGAAUACGAAGAAGAAACUAAAGAUUCCAAUACUAAACCAGUUUCGGCUUUAAAAUUGUCAGAUUUCAGUCCUAGUACGCCAGUGUCAAGCUCGUCUAGUAUUGGUACUAAUAUAGCUGUAAUUGGAAAUAGAAUCGAAAUACAGUCAGAAAACGUGGAUUGUAUAAAUAUGGAUUUAUUAAGUUUAGUUAGUAAUAGAAUAGAAUACUCAAACAGACAUUUGCGAGGCAACUGGCUAGCUUACUGGGAACACGAAAUAGGUCGAUCUGAAAAAGACAUUCAGUUGAAUUUUAAGCAAAUCAAGCUCCAGACUUUCGUCGGUCAUACGCAAAGUGUGAAAUGUUUGCACGUUCUUGAUAAUGAAAAUAGUUUCAUGUCUGGGAGUCGAGAUAAGACAGUUAAGUUAUGGUCGUUGCGUAGUCAAGGUGAUGGCUUCAGUACCUCCAACUGCCAGUGGACGUACAGUGCCCAUAAGAAGUCAAUUUUGUCGAUAACGUUUUUAGAAAGUUUAAGGCUAGUCGCAUCUUGUGAUAGUAUUGUUCAUAUUUGGGAUCCAUUUAUGGGCGCCAACGUAGGCAGUUUAGAAUCUCCAAAAUUUGCUCCUGUGAAUACUCUGAAGAGCAUGCCAGCGCCAUCUACCUUAGUAUUUGCUGCUACUACAGAUGGCACAAUCAAAAUUCUCGAUACUAGAAUACUGAAUUACAUGCAAGAACUAAAGAUAAGUAAUAAUCCCACAAGCUUAAUACGAUGCUUAGCUGUAGCUCCAUCUGGUAACUGGGUAGCCGCUGGACAAUCUUCAGGAAAUAUCACCAUUUUAGAUACGAGAACUGGUUUCAUCAUUGCCAACUGGCGAGCUCACGAAAGCGAAGUCUUACAGCUACAAGUUUAUGAUAAAGAGACUUUGGUGUCGAGUAGCCUGGAUCAAACUACAAGUGUAUGGAAUGUACUAGAUGGGCGGUUGAAAUUUCAUAUGAGGGGAACUACGGAGCCAGUACAUUGCCUAAGCAUCCACAAUAACGAGUUGAUUUCCGGGACCACCGGAAAUCGUAUCGGAGUGCACACUUCAAUCACUUUUGAAGCGUCGUUUUCAAACAAUAAACUAAGAGGUGACUCGUUCAGAGGACUUCUCACCUCCAUGGACUACUUGCCUCUGAAUCGAUUACUUCUCUUAGGAGCUGAUACGGGAAAUAUUAAUUUAUUGUGUUGAAAAUUAGGAAAUGGGUUAUUUAUAUUUAAAGAAUAUAGGUAUGUUAAUAAGAGUAUUUUAAAUAAAUAAUUUUUAAAU